CAGCCACACUCGGCAAGAUCGGGACGCGCGUUCCUCUGAAGCCUACUAACCGCCUUGGUUCGUCCGAACACUGCACCCCAAAGACCGUCUCUGCCUGCCUCGAGGCACUACCACAGCAUCCCAGGACCCUCCUGAUACGCAACCAUGGCUACUGCCGUCCAACCCGCGAUGAUUAUGGCACCUGCCUUUAACCCUCAUAUCAAUCAGUGCCAGGACCCCGACCAGGAGUUCUUCGACUUCAGCCAGCUGCCGUCACCCACCCAGCCCGGCCUCAAGCGCGAGUCCAGCUCUGUCUCCAACAUCGCCAGCCCCACCAGCACCACCAUUGACGAGGAUCUGCAAGAGGCCGCGAAGCCGAGCCACGAGUAUGAGCGGUUCAAGCAGCAGACCGGCAUCCCCACUGGCUCCAUCGCAGGCCUGAACGCCGGCUUCAACACCGGCUAUCCCAUCUUCUCGUCCUCGGGGCUGGACAUGAUGGGCGGCGAUUCCAUGAUGGAUGGGUGGAACGGCGCUGGCAUGGACAUCAACAUGGGCCUCGACUAUGCGCAAAACACAUACAUGCCCUUCAGCACCGAACAGGACGACUUCGUCGACCCCAGCGCCAUCCAGCAAGAGGAGGUCCCUGCUGUCAGGCUGUACCCUGGAAUGCACCAGCAGCAGGCUGCUCUUGCAAAGGCACAGCAGGCCGCGCACCAGCAGGCCCAGCAGGCUGCGCAGCAGCAACGCCAACAGCAGCAGCUCGCGCACCAGAGGCAGCAGGCCCAGCUACAAGCACAGCAGCAGCAGCAGCGUGCCUCGCCCGCACAGAGCAGCCGCAAGACGUCCAGCCCCUUGAGCGACGCCCGCACAGAGGAGACCAUCCAGCGUGUGGUCGCGCAGAUUCGCGCAGACAGCCAGAACGCUGCUCUGGCUUCGCAAGACGCCAAUGGCAACGUCCUCCCCCACAUCAUCCGUGCCAAGAAGGACGAAGACGACAUGGACGAAGACGAGCGUCUGCUUGCCUCGGAAGAGGGCAAGAAGCUCAGCAGCAAGGAGCGCCGCCAGCUCCGUAACAAGGUUUCUGCUCGCGCAUUCCGCUCGCGAAGGAAGGAAUACAUCGGCCAGCUCGAAGGCGAGGUCGCAGUCAAGGUCCAGGAGGCCAAUGAGCUCCGCAGCCAGAACCGUGCCCUGAUGGAGGAGAACGCUCGCUCGCGCGCAUUCAUCGAGCGUCUGCUUAGGCACAAGGCGUUCGGUCCCUUCCUUGAGGAGCUCGUCCAGGAGGAGGCCAUCUCGUCGCAAGCUCCCCUGGCAUCCAUGCCCUCGAGCUCGACUCCCGUCGUCUCCGCCCCGGCGCCAGCCCCUGCCCCCUUCCAGUUCUCGCAACCCGAGAACGUCCAGGCCGGCAUGACCAUGGUUCCUGAGACCCAGCUUGACUUCUCCAUGCUCAACAUCAACAACAACACCAACAACGCUAACUGGAACAUCAAUGGCUUCAACGGCUACCAGCCCCGCGUCUUUGCUGUCACUGAGCUCCCCGAGGGCCCUGCCAACCCGCUCGAUAUCUCUGCCAUGUCCGGCAAGGGCCACAGCACCAUCUUCGCUGCCGAGGAUGAGGCCUCCUCUGAGGAGGAGCUCAAGCCUGAGUACCCUGUCAUUGAGCGCCCAGCUCAGACCCAGCAGUCUACCAUGGCCGCUAUCGAGGAGGAGGAUGUCGAUGACGAGUACGAUUUGUACCGCUCCUCGCCCGCUCCCUCUGCUGCCUCGUUCGCCCCCCUUGAGACUGCCUUCACCGCCCCCGAGAAGCCCAGCCGCUUCACCCUAGUAGUUGCCGACGAGGCCAUGCUCUCGGAACGUCUGGAGAAGAAGAUGGCCGCGAUGGAACCCGCAUUCCAAAGAAUAGCUGCGAUUACCUCGAUGCUCGACUGCUGAAUAGCCUGACACUUUCUAGCUCGCGUUGCGUAUUCAUUCUCAAUCUUCUUGUGCCACUUAGCGAUCUUGUCAGCCUCAUCUCGGUCUACAGCGAGACCACCACCUUCACUUCUAGACUGCCUGUAUGACUGUACGAUUCCUUUUGUCCCCCAUAUACCAAGCUGCGCCUAUUGUGGGCCGCUGGAACUCUGGCGUCUGUCUCUUCUCCUUUUUCUUUGUUUGGGUGCUCGGACGGCCUGUUGUGGGCGCGCUGAGCUUGGAUUAUAGGCCGGUGUUUAGGUCUUCACUUCAUUGUGUAUAUAUAGAUUGGAUCGGCGUUGUGAUUGCGAACACACACAACGCCGGUCUAAUUGAUAACUGAAUGGAUCUCAAAAUCCCAUUACACUG